CCACUAGGAUGUAAACACUUUUGAAACCUUUUCCUUCGCCCUCUCUCUCUGCUCUCCACCGCUCUCUCCGUUCAAGAGCGAAUUUAAAAAAAGAGGGGGAAAAUAUUAAACGAAACAGAGGGCGAGUGAGUGUGAGUGCGGUGGUUGCGGCGCGCUGUCUUAUUUUUCUCUGUUCUCUGUCCGUUUUCUGUAUUGGCCUGGUCUCGAUUUGCCAGAGCAUUCGGUACUCACCCUCGUAAGCGUCAGCUCGUGUUUAGUUUACGUUUCCAUGACGUUUGUCAUGUCGCGUCGGAUUUUUAUUUAAAUUCAAAUUCAAAUUACCCCUAACCUUAAUAAUUAUAAACAAAAUGCCGCGUUUUAUUUCAACCGUCACCGCUGGCUGUCACUUUUUCUGUUGUUAAUUUUCGUAUAAUUUAUAUUGUGUGAAGUUGUUGUUAUGUCAGUAUCCAGUGUCAAAGGAACGUCGCAUCACCACCAACAUUUUACUGCAGGGUAACACAAUAGGGGUGCCAUGUUGUUUUCGCUAAAGAAUCAGGGGUACGGGGCACGUAUUUAUAUUUUUUGAAAAUUCUGAAAAUUAUUUAUCAGUACACGUGGUUACAGUGAGUGAAAUAAUUCCAUAUCUGGGACAGUGUAAUAUAAAAAAAAAAAUAUUUUUUUUUUAAAAAUGAAUGAUUCUGUGGAAGAUGUCGAGAUGGCUGAGGUUGAUAUUAAAUCAAGUGAGACACCGCAUGGUACAAUAAAUUAUAAGAAUUAUUUUAAUAAUAACAAUAAUAAUAUUAAUAUUAAUAAUAAUAAUAAUAAAAACAUAAAUAAUAAUAACACUGGGGCAAGUUUGCAUGGAUCUUUUGAUAGUAUGGACAGCGGAUACCUGUCAUUUACGACAUCUUCUGGAGCAACUGUCAUAAAAUCAACCGGGAGAUCAAGACCGAGUGUAAAAAAAUCCUACUGGCUAAGAAGCGACCAGUGGCAGUCGGAACGAAGAAAGUCAUCAAAGUUCAACAGUUUGAUAAAUGGCUCCCGGGACUCGGUGCUGGAGUCCGAGGACUCGAUUGAUGAUCACAACAACAGCAUCGAGUCUAGCCAUGGAUCUAUUUCUAUGGAUCGUAAUCAUUUUCGCGCGGAUCUGCGUAACUAUAGACUACGCACUCGCAAUAGUGGGAGGUCCAGCAAUCAAUGGACCCACGCGGUGACUCCUGCAGCAGCGGUCUCUAAGGUAAAUCAGCUUACGCCAAUUACUCCUCUCUCGCCAUGCACUGCCACGACGAGUUACAUGGCCUGCGAACCCGUCGAGGAUCUUGAAAAAAUUUUGUCUGUACCCCAGAGCACGCCUUAUAUUUGCAAUGAUAAAUUAACAGAAUUGUCGACUCCAACCAGAACGUCGUCGUCGUUUUCGUCCCUGUCGGCCCAGCCUAUGAUAACUUUCUCUCCCAAGACGAGGAAAGUCAGCCCAGUGAUAACUUCCGCGGAGAACAAAAAGUUCAGCAAACUUAAGAUUGGCAACUUGAAUAAAAUCAUCAAACACCAGCAGCCGAUCCUCGCAGUCAAACCCAAGAAACUUGACUUCGAUAAACGUUUCGGCUGCACGAACUGCAAGUUAACGACGACCAGGGCUGAUUACACCGGGCGAGAAACCGUCGAUAUUUUAAGUCUUCUGGGAGAAAAAAGCAACCACUGGCGUGCGAUAGCAAAAAUUCUUUCGUUCCUGAGCCCUCAAGAUCUCUGUUCCGUGAGUAUGGUGUCCCAUGUCUGGCGCAAAAUUUGUCUGAAUGACAACAGCGCGAACCGCAGACGUCUGCACCACGUGUACGUCAGACAAAACACUAAAGAAAAUUUAGUUUUAAUAAAAAGCAAAUGUGAAAUAACGAGUACUCCGAAGACUAUUAAUAAGUUGGUGAAGAGAAAUUAUCUGACGGACGUUCAAAAUAUGCAGGCCACUCCAGGACGACGAGCGCCACCUCAAAGUCCGCCCGUGUCGCCGAGCAAAAUUAAAUUUCACUCCUUUGUCAAGGCGAGCCGAACUCUUGCACCAACGGAGCGUCUCUGCCGCUGCCCGAAAUGUUCCUUCGCGAGUCAUGUCGACGACAAGAGAAACGUCGGUACUUGCACACGUGAAGGCUGCAGUGCUGAAUUUUGCACUCUUUGUUCUUCGACUCCGCACACUGGGCCCUGCAAAACUCCGCUGCUGGCCACGCCGACAAAACGGAAGAAGGCCCCGCUGAUAGUCGGCUCCAAACAGAGCAAGCGGAAUCUUCGUCGGCUGUAGGAUUAAAUAGUCGAUUACUUUGUUUGUAAUCAAUCAUCAUGAUCAUGAUCAUCACCAUCAGCAGCAACAAUGCCGACUUUUGUUAAUAAUUUUAUUAACAAGCUGGACUUGGAUGCCGACUUUGAUGUACCUGAAGAUCGUAACGUUUUUCGCCCUACGGAAAAAAAUUUGGGGAAUAAAAAAUCUACUGGAUGACUAGAUUUAUAAAAUGUAUCAAGUAGAUGCUAAUAUGUCAGCCGAAAAUCUUGUCAUCCCUUACCUCCGAAACUUAUGAUACUGAAGUUAGCUGACGUCUAAUAAUUUUUGGAUUUUAUUUUAGACGGUAAAUUAUAAAAAAAAAAAAUUUGAAAAAAUUGCACCUGUAGUUUUUUUAAUUUUCUACAAGUGCAUAUUUUUAGAUUUUUUUUUUUUUGUCAUUAAUUUGCUAAAAAAAAACUCAAAAAAUUUUUAAUUGUCUGCUAACUUCAGGAUCAUCGAAACUUCCUCUUAAGCAGUCAAAUUUCAUAAAUUUUUUUCAUUUUCGUCGUUCGAAAAACGUUCUGAUCUUCAGGUACAUGACUUUUAGACAGACUCAGAUCCAGACUGCGGAUCCGAGUUUUAUGCGGCUCCGGUUAUUUCAAACCUCGGCCAGACGAGUUUUUGUUGGCCCCUUGGUAAUUUCGAGCAACCAGCAAUUACCCCACCAGAAGAUCAAUAAUUUUGUUUAUUAUUUUUCGUACUUUAAGUUUGUUGCUGCUGAUAUAUUUAACUGUUAAAUAUUGCGGCCAUUUUGUUUUUUAUUUUGUUAUUUAUUAAUUUUCCUUCGAUCGCUAGUCUUUUGAGUUUAAUACUUACAGGUAUUUAAUAACAUGGAGGAAAAUUAUUAUUUAUUUAGCACUUACUGUGUGUUAAGCCAUUUAUUGUAACAAUUGUCAAUUAUUGUGACCUCAUUCAAAAAAGAAAAAAACAUCCGUGCCAUUUUAGCGCCAUAUUAUAGUUAAUUUUUUUUGCUACCGUCGUUUUUUUAAUUCCCGUAAAGAUGAAAUAUAAAAGACUGUUUGUAAAUAAUUGCGUGAUGGUCAGACAUAUUUUGUAUAUCGGGUAAGAUGGGUUGGAUUUUAAAUAAAAUAUAAUCCAGGUAAAUUUAACAGAAGAUGUAGAUAAAAAUAAACGGUAAUAAAGAAAAAAAGGGAUACAGAUUUUCGAUUUACAUUCUCUAAAGACGUGAGUGCAAGUUGUUUCUCGAGAACGUUUACGUCCUGGUGCUCUUGCUUUUUUAUUUAUUUUUAUUAAACUCGCGCUUCGACCGUUGCUCUUACCCUACACGGUUCUGGACCGGGUCCCUUUUUCCGCCCAAAACAAUGGCCGAGAGCAAAAAAAACGUCACCUGAGACUCGGCCAGAGACCGCCUUGGAAAUAAUGCCUCGGUUUAUUUCUUGAGAAUUUUUAUAUGGGGCUCGGCAUGUUCACCUGAGAAAAUAUAAAUUUAUUUAUUUAUUCUCGAAAAAAUUUAUGAUAAGAACUUUAAUCGAAUCGCUCAAAGCUCAUUUAAUCAAAAUAUGUAAAAAAAACAUAUCAAGUAUUUUAUCUAAUAAUUUAAAGACCAAAUCAUUCCGAGUGUUUUUUUUUUAAAGCAUUUUUAGACUCCCCCACUUUUUAAAAAUUUUCAAUGACAGCUGUCACGACUGUAUUCAAUUUUAUCAAUUAAUUUAAAAAAAUUAAAGUUGUCAUCAAUUGGGAGUCAAACGAAAUUUGGAGAAUAAAAUUUUCAUGUCAAUUUUAUAAAAUUUUUUAGGGUAAAAUUUAUUUACCAAAUUUCGUUUUACUCCAAAUUGAUGAUAAUUGCAAGUAAUUUUUUUUUUAAUUAAUUAAUUAAUGAAAUUAUCAUCCGGUUGUGACAAUUGAGUCAUUGAAAGUUUUAGAAAAUGGGGGGAGGGGGUGUCUAAGAAUGCAUUUAAUUGUUAAUUUUAAAAAUAAGAAGACGGUGCUCAAAAUGUGCGUCAAAAUAUUAAAGUUUUCUAAAAAAAAAAAUUAUAAAACGCACAAUAAAAAAUUAAUAUUAUAAUUAACUAUAAUUAAAUAUAUAAAUGGUAGUGAUUUAAUUUAAUUAAAUAAUAUUUAUAAGUUUAUAUAUAUAUAUUUUAAGUGUAAAUAAAAAAAUUCUCCAAAUCCGAUGUAAAUUUUACGAGUAGUUUUUAAGAAAAAAAAAGUAUUUAUGUGUAGAUGGAAUAUUUUUAUGUAAUAUAGACAACUGAUAUUCAAAGUGCCUAUAUAUCUCUCUACCAACUAUUGUUUCAAUAUAAAAAAAAAUUUUAAUAAAUUGCUGACUAAAUUUUGAAUGAAAAAGUAUUAAAUAUUUUUUUAAAUUCUGAUAAAUAUAUAAAUAAAAAUUUGAAAAAGUGUCUUGUGAAAUUUUAAUAGAAAAUUGCUCAGUAAUUUUUAUUUUCUCAUUACGCGUUUGCUCAAAUGUAAUUUUUAAGUUUAAAAAAAGACGUAAUUUUAAAUUUUGCUCUCUAAUUUUAAAUUAUAUGAACUAAUGUCGAUUGUUUGUACUGUUGCUCUCUAAUACUUUUUUUCUACUAAUUGAAACGUAGUCAGGAUUAUUUGAAUUGUAACGCAGAAAUCCCGAGGGUCAAUGAAAUUAUUUUAAAAUAUUUAUUGUUAAUUAUUUUAAAAGUUAUGCCAAAUGUUUUAAAAUUUAUGUCAACUAAAUGUUCUAAGUUAUUCUGUUCUGUAUUGUUUUGUAUGUUCACUUUUAAUUUAAAAAAAAAAAUGAAAUUUUAAACCUCGCGGUGUUUCUGUAAUUUUCAAUAAAAAAAAAACAAAAAUUUUCUUUUAA